AUGAAAAACAAAGGUUAAUAGUAGCAUACACUAGCAGUGAAGAAUGGAUCAUUAAUGAAUCCAGAAGGGUAAACAAUUAAUGGUUUGAUUGAUUUGAUUAAAUUGAAAAGCCAACCUAAAAUAGUUUACUAUUUUGAUUUCUUGGUUUGUAUAGAUUAAUCAGGAAAUCCAUUCAUUUUUUAUCAUGACAAAAAUAGAUACAUUAACAUUCCCACAAUUAGUCCAGCUCAUUUAAUAUCAUAUAUUGAUAACAAAGGAGGUUAACUAGCAAUUGCAUUGUAAAAUAAAACUAUUCAAAUUGUGUCUUGUUAAAAUGGGAGAAAUUUGAAAACCCUGAAAGGUCAUGAACAUCAAAUCUUAAGUAUGCAUACCAAUCACACUUAAAAUCUAUUGCUUUCUGUAAGUCAAGAUUAAUGUAUUUUACAUUCCUUAGACUCCUUUGACAAAGUUCAUUCAUUGUUCUCAAAAGGUAGUAUAUUUGUUGGAGCCAGUUUUCUACCGUCUUCAACUGAAUUAGCCACUGUUAUGGCAGAUAAAUCUUUGUCAAUUUGGAAUUUAUCGUCAUUUGAAAUAAUUAGCAGAAUCUAACUACCUGAAUAAUUUAAUAUCAAAUAAUGUCAAUUAGUACCAUCUAUAGAUGGAUAAAGAUUGAUAAUAAAUUGCUAUUCAAGUAAAAUUCACAUCUUAGAUAAUAAUAAUAAUUUAAUAACUCAGGAUGUAAAUUAAGGAUACGGCAAUGGUGCAUUAUUAGUUAAACCAAUAAAAAAAUAAUAAAUAUUGAUAUUAACUAAGAAUUUCAUGAUUAUCUAAGUAGAUAGUAGUGGUAGUCUUAUAAAAUGCAUGGAAAUCUUGUAAGGAAAAACACCUACUCACUUUGAUGUAUAUUAAAAUAAGAUUGCGAUAAUAUUAAAUACUGGAGAGAUAGCCCUUUAUGAUCUGAAUAAAUUAAACAAGUAGAAUUAGAAUCUUAAUUCAACCAUUGGUGUAAAUGUCAGUACUAUGAUUAAAGAAAAUUAUGCUGAUACUCUUAAUUUUAACAACACUACAACAAAUAUUGACAUCAAAAAAGUUGGAAAUAAUACAAAUACCUUAUAAGGAUCUUUUUCUUAAUCAACCGUAAGUAAAAAGAACAGCAAAUCGAAUAGUAUGACUUAACCUAUCAAUUCUUAUACUUUAGGGAAAAUAUACAAGAACAGUGAAGAUCCUUUGAAAGAACUUUUAAAUUAUUAGAAACUACAAUAAUUCUUAAAGUAAUAUCAUGUUUUUCCAGAUGAUAAAAGGAGCUUGAUUUGGAGAUCUUUGCUUAAUUUACCAAUGAACUAAGAAGCAUAUAAUAAUUUAAUAAAUCAAGGAGUCCAUCCAGCUUAUUAAAAAUUAGCAGAUCAAUAUCCUUUAUAGAGUGAGUCUUUGUUUUCGAGAUUAUAAAGAACUUUAUCUUGUUUGGCCUACUAUUGUCCUUUAUUCGCUGAGAUUGAUUAUUUACCUUAGUUAGUAUUUCCAUUUGUUAAAUUGUUUAAAAGAGGAGAAGAAUUAUUGAUUUUUGAAGCCACACUCUCCUUAUUGAUAUAACAUUGCCAAAGAUUUUUUGAAAAUUUCCCUAAUGCUCCUGUUUCUUUAUUACAAUUCCAUGAUCAAGUAUUCAACUAAGUAGAACCUCAAUUGUAUUAACACAUGAAAUAAUAUUUGGGAUAUUCUCCAAUUAAAUAUGCCUGGCCUUCAAUACGCUCAUUGUAUACUAAUCUAUUGACAAAGAACUAGUGGUUGUAAUUAAUAGAUCAUUUGAUAUUGUACAAUGACUUACCUUAGAUGAUUGUAUUAUUCAUGGUGGAAUACUUUAUUUAUUUUAAAAGUACCAUUAUGAAAAUGAAUGAUCAAGAUUAAUUGGACCUCUUUUUUGGUAGAAGCAAUACAGUUGAGAUUGAUAAACUCAUAGAGAGCACAAUUUAUCUGAGCAAAUCAUUGGAUAUGGAUUAAUAUUAGAUUAAUUUAUAAUUUCUAUUGCCAUUACAAAAGGAUUAAUAUUAGCUCUUCAGUAUUUAUCCAAAAGGAAGUGUCUAAUAUUAAGCGAGAGUGAGGGAAUAGUUAUAGGAGGACGAAUAAAGAUUGAUAUAAAAGCAACAACAAAUCUCAAGGUUAUAAUAGAUGGCCCAAUAGAUGGAACAAUUGGAUUAGCUCUUCUAGGAGAAACAACUCUUGACUAUGCAGGCGGAGAAAGAUAGACAGGAAAUGUUUGAUUAUUAAGUAGAAAUGAGAGCCCAAAAGCAAUUUUAAUAGGAUCAAUAGGUUAGAUAGUAAAGAAUUAAAUAAUUGGAAAAUUUAGAGAAAAAUAUGAAUUCAGCAGUCUAAAAAUAAUUAGAUUUGUAACAAUAAGAAUAGGAAUUUUUAAAUAAGUAAUUCAGAAAAACUCAGUUGGCUGACAAUUUUAGGAUUGUCUCAUUGUAAGAAGAGGAAGCAUUACAAAAUUUAGAGUAUUAGAUAUUUAGUAAAUUUCAACAUCAAAUGGAACAAAGAUCUAAGUAAGAGAAUCAAAGAAAAAUUCAAUCUCAAUUGGAGUUUAGAUCAAAGGAAAAGGAGUUAUUAGAUUAAAUUAAAUAAGAAUAAUGGAAAAUGGAUUCACAACAAUAAUAAAUAAAAGUGGAAUAGUUGAAGUAGUUAAGAAUGCAAUAAAUUCAAGAACUCGAAAACGAGGCUUAGUUAGAAGAAGUUGAGUAUUAGGAGAGAAUAAAUUAGUUUCAAUAAGAUUUAAAGAUGAUUUAGUUAGAAAGAGAAAAAAAGUUAAGAGAUCAAUUAUUCUAGGAAUAGAUCAGCAAGGAAGAAUUAUAAUUGAGAGAUAAGAAACAAGUCGAGGACAAAAAGAGAUAAAGUAGUGUAUAGAGAAGGUAACAAUUUGAAUAGGAGAUGGAGAGAAUAGCCAAGUAACAUUAAGAGAAAUUGAGGAUGUAGGAGUAGUAAUUAAUGGAAUAGUAUAAAAAAUCAUAGAGUUUUUCAAAUUAACCAUAUUAACCAAAUUACUAUUAAAAUAGUAAUUAUCAAAAUAAUUUUGAACAAAGCUCAGGUGAUGUAAGAGAACCAAUGACUAGUUAAAAAUUAUCAAGUGCAUUGUAUGAUUUUCAAUCAAGCCAGAAGCAGCAACAAUUUUCACCUUCAAUGUUGGUUGAAGAUGAAAGAGAGAAGAUAAAUUAAUUAAGAAAUCAAUUAAGAGAUGAAAUGUAAAAUAUAAGGGAAAGAGAACAUGACGAACAAUUGCAAUCAAUGUUGAGAGAAAGGGAAUAGGAGAUUUUUAAAAGAACAUAGUAAAUAAGAGAUCAAAUCAAUUAAGAAGUUGAAAAUAAAAAUAAUUCAAGUACACAAUUUAAUUCAUAUUAGCAUAUAACACAGGAUAAUUCUAAAAGGCAGUAAUAAUAUUAUAGCCCAGGAUCAUCAUCACAAUUUUCACUUUAUAAACCAUAAUAAGAGGUGGAUAUCGAACCAAGAGACUUGUCGGAAUCUUAGUUGACUUAUAGUAGUGGAUUCACCUCUCCAGGUUAACGUUAUUGA